AUGGCCGCCCUCACCGCUAUAAAAUCCCGCCUCCCCGUUUCCCAACCGGCCUCUAGCUACAGCAGCGCAUUCACUCGCUCCUCCGGCCGUCGUCGUUACCCAAGCAGACCUCGGCUCAUCUCCGCGCCUCCUCCUCUGUCCAAGGCAGGAGGCAACAGCUUGGCGGCGGCGGCGGCUGCAAUGGUGGACGUGGACCGCCGGAUGGCCGGCCUCAGCCUCACCCCGGCGGCGCACGCGGCGGGGCUGCGCCGCCUGUCCACGCGCGCCGCGGCGGGGCCUUCCUCCUCGGCGUCCGCCUCCCCGCGGCAGCACGGGCUGCACUCCUUCGCCCCGCUGGCCGCCGCGUUGCUGGACCACCUCCGGGCCUGCCCCGGGGUGGCCGCCGUGCUGCCGGGCCUCACGGAGCUGGAGCUGGCGCACGCCGAGGCCGAGCUGGGGUUCGCGUUCCCGCCCGACCUCCGCGCCGUCCUCGCCGCGGGCCUCCCGUCGGGGCCCGGGUUCCCCGACUGGCGCUCCCGCUCCGGGCUCCGCUCCGCGUUCGACCUCCCCAUCGCGGCGGCGUCGCUGCAGAUCGCGCGCGGAGCGCUGUGGCCGCGAUGCUGGGGCGCGCGCCCCGCCGACCCGGACCGCGCGCUAAGGCUCGCGCGCUCCGCCAUCCGACGCGCGCCGCUGCUCGUCCCGCUCUUCUACCGAUGCUUCCUUCCCUGCCGCCCCUGCCUCGCGGGCAACCCGGUGUUCUUCGUCACCGACGACCGCGUUAUCUGCGUCGGCCUCGACAUCCUCCACUUCUUCACCCGCGACGCCUGCUUCCAGCCGCUGGACCCGCGGUCAGCGCCGCCGCCGUCGGUGGCGCCGCUGUCGCAGCAGCAGCACGCCGCCGCCGCCACGCCGUGCACGCGCCGCAGCCUCGACGCGGCCUGCGGCGGCAAGGCGCCGCGGUGGAUCGAGUUCUGGAGCGACGCAGCGUCCGACCGCCGCCGCCGCGACUCGUCGUCCUCGGAGGCGUCCACCGCGUCGUCGCGGUCCUCCGGGUGCGCGUCGCCGCCGGCGGCGGCGGCCAGGCGGCGGUCCAGGAACCCGCACUGGGUGGACAGCUACCUUGACCGGCUGGGCCACGUGCUUAGGCAGGGCGGGUGGAGGGACACGGAGGUGACGGAGAUGGUCGAGGUGGCGGCCUCCGGGGAGGUGUUCGACGGCGAGGAGGCGUCAGCGGCGGCCCCCGCCGCUUUGGACUCAGACGCGGUGCUCGACGCGCUGCUGCUCAAGGCCGACCGGUGCUCCGACUCGCUCCGGCGCGCCGGGUGGAGCUCCGAGGACGUGUCAGACGCGCUCGGGCUGGACCUCCGCCGGUGCAAGGAGCGGCCGCGCCCCGCCGUGCGGGUGCCGCCGGAGAUCGUCGUCAAGGUCGAGCGGCUCGCGCAGUCGGUGGGGGCGCGCCCCUGA